AUAUGUUAAGAGAAAUUAUGGACAAUCUUUGGUAUUUAGAGAGAAACAUAAAGCUCACAUGAGGUCAUAUUUGUCUCAACUAUAUAAAGAGAGUGAAGCAUUUCAACAGAAAAAAAGGUCUUACAUGACUAAUCGUUACAGAGAAGGAGAGUUUCGUCAACAACACAAGAAUAAUAUGAAAAAAAGAAUGAGAGAAAGAUACUGGCAAAGUUGUUCUUUUAAAAUGUUGCAUAAUAUCAGAUGUGGCAUGAAAAUAAAAAGAAAGUAUCGCCAUAUGCAUCGACCUGCUGAAAUCUUACAAAAUCAGCCAGAUAACGAUUUAAUCAAGGAGGCCAUUUCUCUUUUCAGAGAGAACAUCAAAUCAGGACCAUCUUAUGUUUGUACUGUCUGUCUGAAAGCAUCCUUUCCAAAUCAGGUGAAAAUCUGCAAGAGAUCUAAUUAUUCAAAGCAUCAAGCUGUAGCUCAGCAAUGUCUCACAGGGAAAUAUGUUCAUGAGUGUGAUGAAGCAUGUAAUGAUCAAUGCAGCUUUCCUGUUGAGAGAAAGAAGGAGUAUAUCUGCCACACGUGUGAUUCCUCUCUUAGAAAAGGAUGUAUGCCGCGGCUAGCUGCAGCUAAUAAACUGGAAUUACUAGAUAUUCCAAAUGAAUUGAAGGAUCUUAAUAUUCUUGAAAGGCAUCUCAUUGCAAAAUGCAUCCCGUUUGCUAAAAUUAUUCCAUUACCUAAAGGCAGACAACGGCUCAUUCGUGGAAAUGUGGUGUGUGUUCCAUCUGAAGUCCAAGAAACGGUAAACAGUUUGCCCAGACUGAGAAGUGAAUCACAGGUCAUGAGGGUCAAGCUGAAACGAAGACUGUGUUUUAAAGGCCACCACAUCCUUCAGACUAUUUCAUGGUCAAAACUGAUUCAUGCCCUGCAUAAACUAAAACAGAUCCAUCCCCAGUACACAGAUAUCGAGAUCAGGGAUGAUGCAUUGCUCUGUGAUCCUACGUUGCCUGAUGAGGACAGUAGUGAUGAGGACAGUAGUGAUGAAUCCAGCAUGGGAAGUGAUGAUUACGAUGAAGCAGAUUUAAUGGAAAUUGACAGGUAUGAAAAAGAUGCACUGUGUGAAACCGAUUCUGAAAGUGAACAAGAUGGUGAUAAGUCAUCCUGUGAUGAACCACCAGAACAACAAAAUCCAGAUGAACCAGAAAAUGAUCGUCAGAAUGGAGGUUUCGCAUUAGAAAGUUGUCUGCAGCCUGUUGACAUAUCAGAGGAGAUUCUGUGUUUCAGUGAUAACACGUACUGCGUGGCUCCUGCUGAAAGGAACAAUCCUGUUAGUUUUUUCAGAACCCCGCAUUUGGAAGCCAUGUCCUUUCCUUCACAUUUCCCUAAUGGUCAGAACACUCUUGAUGAAGCAAGACCACUUAAACUCACACCAAGUGCUUAUUUCAAGUCGAGACUGUUCCAUAUUGAUGAGAGAUUUGCUAAAGAUACAAACUACCUGUUUUUUGGACAGUUUGCUACAGAAGUCCACUUGGCAAAUUCCAGCAUGAUGAUACAGCUCAGAAAAGGAAAAACUACAACAAAAGAUGGUAGGAGAAUAACCUCAGGGAUGUUACAAAGUAAGACAGAAGUGGAGAAACUGAUCAGAAAUAAAGAUGCCAUCAGAUUUAUGCAGCCUCUAAGAGGAACUCCAGCUUACUGGGAGAAAACGACUCGAGACCUUUUGAGCAUGCUACGUCAGAUUGGAACGCCACAGUUCUUUGUAACCUUCUCUGCUGCUGAGAUGAGAUGGCCUGAAGUGAUUCAUGCAAUAAAGAGACAGCAAGGUGAAGUGGUGGAUUUUGAAGCACUUAACUGGACAGAAAAGACUGACAUUCUAAGAUCUAAUCCAGUUACCACCAUGCGAAUGUUUGAUAAACGAGUUGAAGCUCUGUUCAGAGACCUGCUACUUUCUCCUGCGAGGCCGCUUGGUGAAAUUGAGGAUUACUUCUACCGAGUUGAGUUCCAGCACAGAGGUUCCCCUCACAUCCAUAUGCUACUUUGGACAACUGAGAAGGUAGACAUAGAAGUGGAUGAUGAUAUAACCGUUUGUAGGUUUAUUGACAAAUAUGUCACAGCUCAACUUCCUGACCCAGAAAAGCAACCUGAACUGUACAAAAAAGUCACUGAACUCCAGAAACACAGCAAAAGCCACACAAAGACUUGCUUCAAAAGCCUUAACUCUGGUUGCAGGUUUGGGUUUCCAAAACCAGUUGCUACUAAAACAAUGAUUGUCAGGUCCAAUGAUUUAGCAGAUGUUGACGCUGCAAAAAACAAACUCAGGCCGCUGAUGAACCUGCUGCACCAACCUGAAGCUGCUUCCUUAACAGUUCAGCAGAUCCUCUCACGAUGCAACCUGACAAUGUCCGAAUACCAAGAAUGCCUCCAAGCGAUUAACAAAAAAACUGUUGUCAUUCUGAAACGUGACCCGAAAGACUGUUGGAUCAACAAUUAUAAUCCACACCUGCUUGAAGCCUGGGAUGCUAACAUUGAUGUUUCCUUUGUGGUAAAUGCUUAUUCUUGCAUUCAGUAUCUCACAAAGUACAUAACUAAGAAAGAGAGUGGACUUUCUGACUACCUGAAGACAGUUAUUGAUAACUCUGACAAGGACAGAGUCAAUGAAUGUGAUGAAAUGAAAGCUGUGAUGCAAGCUUACUCCAAAAAGAGAGAAAUCAGUGCCCAGGAGUGUGUCACUCGAGUCUGUGGGUUAAAAAUGAAACAAUGUUCCCGCGGUGUGGUGUUUGUGCCAACGGAUGAGAACCCAGUGAAAAUGAGCCGCCCAAUGAGCUUCCUGGAGACCACAACAGAUGACAGUUGGAACAUUUGGAUGACUGGUUUGGGUGAUAAAUACAAAAGUAGACCUGAGACCCCAGAAUACGAAAAAAUGUCCCUUGCGGAUUUUGCCGCUCUUUGCCGCUUUGUGAGUGGUCCGAAUGAAGGAAAAGAUGUUCUUCCCCUGCUAAACCAACUUGGAUUUGUACAAAGACGAAAGAAUGAAAAACCUGCCAUAAUCAGAUACUACCACUGCUCGGAGGAAAAGGAACCAGAGCAAUAUUAUGGGCGUCUGAUGAGACUUUACCUUCCACACAGAUCAGAGCUGGAACUGAAACCACCAAGGUUCGAAACCUAUCUGUCCUUCUACAACGCUGGUUGGGUACGGCUUCCAGGUUCAGCCCAAUGUGAGAGCGUGAAGAGCAUUGUACAGAGAAACAAAGAGAAGUAUGAGAAAAACUCAGAUGAAAUUCAGAGUGCAGUGGAGGAAUUUGAGCAAAGCAGAGAUAUUGUCGAUGAAUGGAGUAAUCUUGCCCCUGAAUCCGAAGUUGUGAGGUUACGGUGCGAUGACAAUCUUCCUGAGAGACAUUCUGACCAUGAGGAUGAACAGGAAAAUGUGCCAGACUACAGUUGUGAGUCCAAUGCAGUACCAGAGGUUAGGGCCACCAGAGAGAAACCUGCAAUAGAUCCAGCCGUGCUACGCACAAUGUAUCAGAAUCUGAACCAGAAGCAGGCCUGUGUCUUCUAUGCUAUCAGAGACUGGUGUAUUCAGCGUGUCUGUGGUUUGAAUCCGAUGCCUUUCCAGUACUUCAUCAAUGGUGGCGCAGGGACUGGCAAGAGUCAUUUGAUUAAAUGUGUGCAUGCUGAAGCAUCAAAGAUCCUGAGCAGACUGUCUACUAACGCAGAGGAGGCUGACAUAUCAAAUCCAACUGUGUUAUUGACAUCAUUUACAGGAACAGCGGCUUUCUCCAUCAAUGGCUCCACACUGCAUUCCCUGCUGAAACUACCCAGGAGUCUGAAACCACCCAUCCAAGGACUUGGGAAUAAACUAGAUGAGGUCAGAUCAGAGCUCAUGAAUGCAGAAAUUCUGGUUAUUGAUGAAAUUUCCAUGGUUUCAAAGCCUCUUUUUACUUAUGUGGAUGCAAGGCUGAAGCAGAUUAAAGGCACCCAGAGACCUUUUGGGGGGAUGUCCUUAUUGCUGGUUGGUGAUUUCUUUCAAUUACCACCAGUGAGACAGUCUAAACCCCUCUGUGUUUAUGAUCCAGAACACAUAGACCUAUGGCAGGAACAUUUUCAGAUGAUCACUUUGACUGAGAUCAUGCGCCAGAAAGAUGACGUCGCCUUUGCAGAGAUGUUGAACAGGAUUCGUGUGAAAGAAAGCUCAGAAGAGCUUUCUCAUGAUGACAGAAAUUUGCUAUCACAAGCACUGACACAACCAGCUGACUGCCCUAUUCACAUUCUGCACAUAUUUGCAACAAACAAGAGUGUGGAAGCCCAUAACAAAUCUACCCUGGCAAAACUUCAUUCAGACAUCAUCGAAAUUGAUGCAGACGAUUUCGAGAAGGAUCCUCGAACAGGUAAAAUGACACGAAGGGACAAACCAUAUACAGGUGGGAGGAACGAUUUGCCUGACAAGCUGUCUGUUGCUAUAAAUGCCAGAGUUAUGCUGACCAGAAACUUAGACACAAGUGCAGGUUUGGUAAAUGGUGCUUUCGGUGUUCUGAUGAAAGUGGUAAGAUCUGAGACGGAUGGACACAUUGUUAAACUUGGCCUUAAAAUGGACAAUCAGCAGUCUGGGGGACACAGCCGCAACGCAACUGCAGCAUCUGAUGAUCUGGUUUAUGUUGAGAGAUCAGAGGAGAAUCUGAAAUUCAAAGGUGUUGUACGUAGGCAGUUUCCUGUAAAGCUGGCAUUUGCAUGCACGAUUCACAAAACCCAGGGCCUUACAACAAAGACGUGUGCUGUUUCCAUGAAGAACAUUUUUGAACCUGGCAUGGCUUACGUUGCUCUCAGCAGGGUGACAUCUCUCAGUGGCCUGUAUUUACUGGACUUUGAUGAAAAGAAGAUCUAUGCCAAUCCUGAGGUCACUGCAGCACUCCACACCAUGAGACAAGCCAAUGUUGAAGAUGUGAUGCCUCUCCUUCAAGUCAGAGACACAGCGUGCAGACCUGACACUCUCACACUGAUCCAUCACAAUACAGAAGGUUUGCCAUCUCAUAUCAGUGACAUCAAGAGUCACCAUGAGCUGUAUCUUGCUGAUGUUUUGUGUCUCACUGAAACCCGCCUGCAAGGAUCUUUUGUUUCAGACAGUCUUCAACUGGACGGCUACACGCUUUUCAAGCGCAACAGACACGUGUCCUACACUAACUUUCCUGAGAUGGCUAGCAGAGCCGGUGGUGGAGUAGCAGUGUAUUUGAAGGAUCAUUUUCAGGCUCAGGUAAAACAGUAUCUGCAUAAUGUUACUGACCUUGAAUAUUUGGUCUUAAAGGUCCAGGCUCCUUUCCCUGCCAUCAUUGGUGUUGUGUAUCGACCUCCAGACUACAGUUUGAGACCAUUCCUGCAAAAUCUGGUAAGUCUUUUAGACUCACUUGAAAUUAUGGAUUUUCAGCCAAUAAUUGUGUGUGGCGAUUUUAAUGAGAACCAGCUACCGGAAGGAAGGAAACCGAUUUUGGAGCUGUUUCAGUCCAGGGGGUACAAACAACUGAUAACGUCUGCCACGACAGACAGGUGCACGUUGAUUGAUCUUAUUUUUAUUUCUCAGCCACAGCAAUGUCUCACAUCUGGUGUCCUGAGAACAUAUUACAGUUACCACAACCCUGUUUUCUGCAUAUUGAGCCCUAGCCAAUCAUGAGGCCAUCUGGUGAGUUUUAAAGUAUUCACACAUCUUGCUUGUUUCAUAUUUUAUAGAGAUCAAAUUAUUAUGUUCUGUCAUCAUGGGUAAUAAAUUAUGGAUAAAUAUGUUGAAAAGAGACCAUUGAACUAUGUUGGAAACUAAAUAUUCUUUUGUUAUUUUGUAAAAAAAAAAAAAUCAAUGUGAAUUUAAAUAUAUUUCUUAGCUUUAUAUUUAUAAUCAUUCAUCAGUGCAGGAUUUAUUCAUGGCUAGUAUGUGCUUUUACUUGAAAUAAUGUUAUUGCUAGUUUUCUGAAAACAAAUGUUUUCUUAAGUGUGUACAUUUUUCUUAAUCAUGACAUGUUUUCUUAAUCCAAAAGGCCUACAUAAAUCAGACAUUUUAUAGAUUGUAUUUUCUUGAUCUGUGAUUAUAUUGAGGGUUUUUGUUAUUGCUAAUCUGAAUUUGAAUCAUGAUACAUUUAUUGAAUUAUUAAUGUCAAACAUAAUUUUAAUAGUAGGGAUUAAUUUACAGUUACACUUAAUAUUUACUUUAGGUGGCACAUGUAUAUUGAGGACAUCCUUCAGUCUCAAAUAAAGGCAUCAAAAAAGGUGCAAAACACAAUAGCAUCAGACUAAAAUGUGUAAAAUACCUGCUCACACUUUAAUGAUGCUUCUUUUUUGUAAAACCUCGAGAUGUCCUCAAUGUACACUGCUACACUAUACUACACUAUAAAACAUUUAGCCAGAAAUGAAGUCACAUGCACAAGUUUUAUUUUCAUAAUAUGUAUGUUAAAUCAUGGAACAGCUUUUUAGUGAUUGAUAGAUAACCCUGCAUUAUGUUAAAAGCUAAAUGUAUAUUUUUAUUUUAGUAAAUCAUGAAUAUUUUUGCAACUAGGCAGUUUACCAUUUAAAAAGUCCAAUUUGGCUCUGAUUACCAAUUAAUAAUAAGUGCAGAAUUAAAUGAUGGCUAACUUGUAAUCAUUUGAAUAAUGAUAGUUCAUGGUGCUUGUUGAGAAGCAGUUUUCUAAGUGAAAGUAUUAUUUUUCAUCAUGGCAUGUUUUAGAGGUGAUAGCUAUAUUACAAUGUUUCUGUUUUGUUUUUAAGUAUGUAGAAUCAUGGAUCAGUUUAUGAGUGAUUGAUAGACUUAGACUUAGAGACCUAGACAGAUUUAUUUUGUCAUUUUGUAUACACAAGUGCAAACAAAAAGAAAUUUAGUUCAGAAAAAUGACAAAAUAAAUAUGUCUAGGAUAGAGAAAAUUGCAUUAUGUUAAAAACUAAAUAUUGAUUAGUAUUUUUGUGAAAUAUGACUUUGUUGUUUUUUAUUUAUCAAGUCAAACUUGCUUCUGAUGCUAAAUUAAAUCAUGUACAAUAAGAGUUUCUGUUUUGUUUUUAAGUAUGUAGAAUCAUGGAUCAGUUUAUGAGUGAUUGAUAGACUUAGACUUAGAGACCUAGACAGAUUUAUUUUGUCAUUUUGUAUACACAAGUGCAAACAAAAAGAAAUUUAGUUCAGAAAAAUGACAAAAUAAAUAUGUCUAGGAUAGAGAAAAUUGCAUUAUGUCAAAAACUAAAUAUUGAUGAGUAUUUUUGUGAAAUAUGACUUUGUUGUUUUUUAUUUAUCAAGUCAAACUUGCUUUUGUUGAAGCAUCACUGCUAAAUUAAAUCAUGGCUCAAAUGUGUUUUUAAUUGAAAUUGUGUAUUACAGAUCAUGUACUUAUAGUUGUUGUUUUUUUUAUAAAUAUUGAUGUUUUGUUAUGGAUACAUUAUUUAAGGUUUACAUGUUUCAGUUUAAAUUUUUCUAGAUCUAUAUUGUGACCUGGCCUUUUACCUGGGUGGGUUUAUGGUUAGGGAUGGUAAAAGGCCAGGUCUGAAUUCUGCCCAUUUCAUAUAUGAAAUGGGUUUUGUACCCAUUUCAUAUAUGAAAUGGGUACAAAGCAGAACUUUCCCUUAUUAAAUGUACCCAUUUAAAUGGGUACAUUUAAUAAGGUAAAGCAAUAUACAUCAGAAAGGAUGGAGUUUGAAUGUAAUCCAUCCUUUCUGAUGUCACUUUAGAGAUACCAGCUGACAUCCCAUACUAGAAUAGGUUAAGGGGUUGAGUCCAAGAAUGGCUUUCAACUUUAUCUUGUAUAAUCGUGUUUCCUUUGAUCUGUUUGUUUAUUUUGGUCCUUGUGACCACAUCUGUAAACUUCAUCAAUGUAAGUGAAUGCUGUACUAUAAUAUCACCUUGUUCAUGAACUGCUGAUCCAAAACUGGCCUUCUCAGUGUUGGACAACUCAGAUAUCACAUGCUCCAUUGAGACAGCUGCUUAAUGACCUACAAUGCCAGAGAUCUUCAGAGGGACAGAGGCACACCCUUCAGAAGACUCUGGAUAACCCAGACAACAUCACCACCCAACCACACAACCCAUCGUUUGAACUAGCAACAAUGAGUGCUGCGUAGGCCUCUGCACAUCCUGCCUGGGAGUUUGGCGAUUCUAAAAGGAGAAGGAGGUAUGGCUGUCUUUAGUAGUUCACUUUAAGCAGCUGAGACCUUCAACACUUCAACAAUGAGCUUCUAACAACACAUACAGUACCACUACCUGGAAGUGAGACCACUUGGACCUGGGUUUUAUUACUUGCAACUGUUUUU